GCUAAAGGUUGUGAGUAAUCAUUUACCUCUCAGGGAUUAGAUAACCGCAAAAAGCAGAGAGAAAUUUCCUGGAAAGGAAUGAGGAUCCUGCACUCUACCUCCCUCAGGUAAAUGCCAGUUUCUAGGAAGAGAGAACCAAAAUGUCUACUGGAGCAGACACCAAGGUUACAGUGGGAGAUAGUUCCAAUGAUGGCAAUUUAAACAUGGCUCAACAGCAAUCCUCCAGGAGAGGCUUCUGUUCAUUCCGACAUGGGAUGGCCCUCAUCUUGCACCUCUGUAAUUUUUCGAUUUACACCCAACAAAUGAACUUGAGCAUUGCCAUCCCAGCUAUGGUGAACAACACAGCCUCACCCUCCCAGCCCAAUGCCUCCACAGAAACGCCCUUCACUGAAUCUCAGCACUACUGGAAUGAAACUCUAAAGGGAUUUAAGGCAGUGGCUCCUCCUACGUAUGACUGGAGUCCUGAAAUCCAGGGAAUCAUCCUCAGCUCCCUGAACUAUGGCUCAUUCUUGGCUCCAAUCCCCAUUGGCUACAUGGCUGGAAUACUUGGAGCCAAAUAUGUGGUUGGUGCUGGUUUGUUUAUUUCCUCAGUCCUGACCUUCUUCAUUCCACUGGCAGCAGAUGCUGGAGUGGCCUUGCUCAUUGUCCUUCGGGUUGUCCAAGGCAUAGCCCAGGUUAUGGUAUUAACAGGUCAGUUUUCAAUUUGGGUCAAAUGGGCUCCCCCACUGGAAAGAAGUCAGCUCACUUCUAUUGCUACAUCAGGGUCAGUGCUUGGGUCUUUCAUCAUUCUCCUUGUUGGCGGUGUCCUCUGCCAGACCAUAGGAUGGCCUUAUAUCUUCUAUAUCUUUGGUGGAAUUGGCUGUGCCUGUUGUCUUCUCUGCUUUCCUUUAAUUUACAAUGACCCUGUGAACCAUCCCUUUAUCAGCGCUAGUGAGAAGACAUACAUUGUGUGUUCACUGGCUCAACAGGAUCCUUCACCAGGCUGGUCUCUUCCCAUUAAGGCUAUGAUCAAAUCUUUACCACUUUGGGCCAUUUUAGUCUCUUAUUUCUGUGAAUAUUGGCUUUUGCAUAUCAUUAUGGCAUACACACCAACAUACAUCAACUCUGUACUUCAAGUCAACCUCAGAGAUAGUGGAAUACUGUCAUCCCUGCCGUUUGUCGUUGGCUCUAUCUGCAUUAUCCUUGGAGGUUUAUUGGCAGACUUUCUCCUCUCCAGAAAAAUCCUCAGACUCAUCACCAUCAGGAAACUCUUCACUGCCAUUGGGGUUCUCUUCCCAUCUGUGAUCCUCGUGUUCCUGACCUGGGUCAGAUCCAGCCACAGCAUUACCAUGACCUUCUUGGUACUAUGCUCUGCCAUGAGCAGCCUCUGUGAAGCAGGAGCCCUUAUCAACUUCUUGGAUAUUGCUCCUCGGUACAGCAGCUUUCUCAAGGGAUUAAUGCAAGUCUUUGCACACACAGCUGGAGCCAUUUCUCCCUCCACUGUUGGAUUUUUCAUCAGUCAGGACUCAGAGUUUGGCUGGAGAAAUGUCUUCUUGCUUUCAGCUGCUAUUAACAUAUUGGGCCUGGCCUUCUACCUCAUCUUUGGCAGUGCAGACCUGCAGGACUGGGCCAAAGAGCAGACGUUCACUCACCUCUGAGCAAACAGAGAGAUGAGUUAGGACCUGAUAUUAAGUUGUUCAUCGUUUUCCCUCACAGACAUUCCUCUUUCAUGCCUGCUUGACUGAUCAGCCAUUUAAUUGGAAUUGACUUUGUUUCCAGAGUCUUCUCAGAGACCUUGGCUAUGUAAUACUAAAGGUUUUGUUUGUUUUUUUUUUUUUUUUACCAUACCUGGAGAUUUUAUAGCGGUGAACAAAAAGGACAGUCAUUUAACUGUGAGCUUCUAAAAGCAAAAGUGUAUUGGGAUUUCUAGUUGAUCUCUCUUUCCACUAUUAUUCUGGUAAAAACAUCAGGGUCUGGGGGACAAUUUCCCUUCAAAGCAAAACAGGAAGCCAGAACCACAGGAGUGAGAACUGAGAGUCACAGAGAAGUUGUGCCCAAACAUGCAGAAGAUGAACCCUAUGACCUGCUGCCAAAAGAAAGCCUGAAACAAUGGAAAGCUUCAUGUACACAAUCCAAAGUCCUGGGCCAGGAGCCAAAGCAGGUGAAGUCACUCUCACAUCAAGUGAGGAAGGAUACAGCGUCAUUCUGAAGCCUGGUGUGGGCAGGAUGCCUAGGAGAAAAAUGCCAAGAAGGAAAGGACAAUAGGAGUGAAUCCAUCAUGACAAGAGCUAUAAACAUGUCUAUAACUAAUUGGGGUGACAUAGUAGACUUCAACUCUUUCAGACAACUUGCAGUCUGUGGAUGCCAGCUUUGGAAUCAGAGCCACCUCUGUAAUACCUCUACUGCCGGGCACUCUUCAGAGUCCCCUCUUUCUUUCUGCCAUCUUGACCUCUGCCCCACAUCUACUUUGUGGAUCCGUGCAGAUCCCACACAUCUUAGCAAAUGGACAUUGUCCAGUGUCUUGUCCAUCCUCUCCAACAUUUCUUCAUGCUUUCAUGCUGUCUGGAUGUCCUUCAUCUGCCCCUCUGACUGUUGGAAUCCCACCCACCAUUCAGUGGGCCUCAUUCAAUAUUCACUUCAUUAACCUACAAUGUCUUCCAAAAAUGUAUGUAGGACCCACGCUGGCUUGACCCCAUUCCAAACGCCUGGAGGGUGUGUGUGGUGCUUUCAUUAAAGCUCCCAUGGGCAGUGUGAGCUUUGGGCAGUGUGAGGACCUUGAAAGAGAGCAAACCCAAUUCUAACACUAAAUGAAUAUUAAUGCACACAUUCCUGGGGGCAUGGCAGAAAUCAAAACUAUACACAGUUUCAAGGAGCUCAGCAUCUCAAGAGGGAGAUGACUUUAACCAAAGUAUUACACAAAUGAUUAUGUAAUGACAACUGUAGAAAGUGAAAUAAUGAGGGGUCCAUGGGGCUAUGGGAGUGAAUGAUAAGGUCAUGCACACUAAUCCAGGGGUGAAGGAGGGCCACCACUACAAAGUGUCAGCUGAGCUGGGACCUGAAAGAGGCUGAAGGGGAGAACGUCUUGGGAAGAGAACAGCAUAGGCCAAGGUUUGGUGGCAGGAGGGAGCAAUCAAUGCAGCCAGAGUAUACAGGGAAUGAGGGGAGCAUGGUCUGUGAGGAGGCUGUAGAAGCAUAAGGUCAAGAACAUACAGGGCACUGUGGGCCCAGUGAAGUGCAUUGGUCCUUAUCUUAAAAUCAGUGGGAAGUGUUUUAGUGGGAAGGGUUUGUUUUUCAAAGGUUAAUUUCCAUGUGGGAAUGGAGUUCAUGGUAUAGUCCAGGAGAGAGUGAUGGGCCCUGGCAUGAGAGAGUGGACAUGGUGAGAGAUGAAUGGUUUAUGCCGUUUAUGGGAUAAACCUGGCAAGACUUAAUACUAAGAGAGAGAAUGGAAGAUGUCCAGGUUUUUAUUUUUUUAAUGUUUUCUAUUUAUUAAUUAAUAAAAAAUGCAUAGUACAAGCCCUUUAUCCCAAUCUAAGUACUCAGUAAAAGAUUAACAAUAAAUCUGGAUGGCACAGA